AUGUGCAAAGUCUUCCCAUCCAGCUUGGGAGAAACCCGACUUCGAUGGUUCGAUCGGCUCCUCACUGGAUCAAUUCAUGGCUGGAAGCAGCUCUACGAAGAGUUCCUGGCCAGGUUUGUCUCCAACACUAAGACCCCGAAAGAGCCGGAUACACUGUUUGGUCUCCGAAAGGAGCAGGAAGAAACAUUGCGUAGUUAUGCUAGGAGGUAUUGGGAAGAGUACAAUGACCUGGAGGAAAAUGUGUACAGUGAGCAGAUGGUCGUUAUGUCUUUUAAACAUGGUCUGCGCCUGGAAAGUAAAUUGAGACAAUCAUUUACCAAGUGCCCGGCCACAGCAUUGAAAGAUUUGCAUGCCAGGAUUGAACAGUAUGCUCGCCUCAAAGAUGAUCAGAUCCUCAUCGAGGAAGCGUCAGCAGAACAAACAACUCGGCACAAGAAGAAAACGGACCGAGGAGAACACCGAGGGCUCACGGUGAAUGAAGUGGAUAAUUCCAAAUCUCAUGAAGCAGUUAUGACCGUAUUCAAGGAAUCAAUCUAUCGAAUUUUGGAAAAGAUCAAGAGAGAGCCCUUCUUUGUUUGGCCGCCAAAAAUGUUGGGAGAUCCGGCUCGGCGUAAUCAGAAGCUUAGAUGCACCUAUCACCAAGACAAGGGGCAUAUGACACAGAACUGCAGAGCACUGAAGCAACACUUGGAAGACAUAGUAGCAGCUGGGCACCUCCGGGAUUACAUAGAUCAGGAUAAAAAAGUGACCGAACCGGGGAACCCACCACCAGAACCAAACAUUGAGCACCCACCUCGGUUGAUAAUAAAUGUGAUCCAUAGAACAACGACCCAGGAACCUGAAGAGACACUGAGAGAAGAGAUUGCUAAGGCUGUGCAAAUUCAGCAGGUCAUGUCGGUAGAGCCCGCAUCGAAAAAGGUACGCUCGGCAACCAAACCCCCUUUAUGCACUGUUUGCUUUACUAGAAAGGAUUUAGAAGGUAUACAACACCCACAUACUGAUGCACUGAUUAUAACUGUGGGAAUUGGGAAACGGUUUGACGUAAAACGAGUCCUGGUAGAUCAAGGCAGUGCAACAGACAUAUUGUAUUAUGACUUGUUCAGAAAGCUUGGUCUCUCCGAGCAGCACCUCACCCCAGCAAUAGCUCCGUUAGUCGGCUUCAAUUCACAGCUAGAGUGGCCACUUGGCAUAAAAGUGUUGCCAGUUGUGGUUGGAACGAAGACCCUCCAGAGAGUUUCUAGUUAUUAA